AUGUCUGCCUUCUGUACCCUCCACAUUCAGCCAUCCGCCCCUUUCAACUGGCUUGAUGCUAUGUCUGCAGACAAAGCAUACUUUGAUCCAAGAACCAGCGACCUUCACCGGUUCCCACUCCCCUUCCGAGGUCCUUCCUAUCCUAUGGACGACCUCAACGUCACCAACCCAGUCCUUGUCCAUCCAAAGCCUACCAAGGUAUCCACGACAAGCUGGGUCCAACAAAGCCUGGACUUCUGGGAAACAGAAGGCUUCGAGCCUGUUCCCACCGACGACAUCGACACUGAAGCCGAUGUCGAUGACGACAACAAAAGCCUCCUGGGACAGAAACUCGAGCAAGUCCAGCUUGAGCUCAUGUGCCCAAACCCCAAGCCAUCUGCAGGCAACUCACUGCUCAGCCUGCACGACCAAAUCAAUACGCCCCGGAAGCAACGUCGACCUACUUCUCAACCAUCAGCUCACGAAACCCGCUCGGUCCAACAGACCGAGAUGCAUCACGACCCGCGACCCGAGGAGUCAAUCUCCUAUCACCCAAUCCUCAUUGAUCCCGUCCUCGAGCCAUCUGCUUAUGCCUUCUCGGACUCGGGAUCGUCCAUGGCAAGCUCGACGGAUCAAGAACAGAAUGUUGGCCGACUGAUUGCCAACAGGGUCCGGCAAGCGGCAGCUCACGGCGGUGCGACAUGUCGCACAUUGCGAAACAGAUUGAGUCUGUGA